AUGAAGAUCCUUGAGGCUCAGACGGCGGUCCUCACCAACUACGAGGUCUACAAGCACCUUACGGAGAAGAAGCUCGGUCAAAAGAAGCGAGGAGAGCGUCGUGGCCCUGGCAAUCUCGAGACCCUGGCCAAAGAACUCCUGCAGUACCUGCGUACACCACCCAACCCGCUCUGCCAGGACCCCAUCACCUACCACCCGGAAUGCAUCUCCCAGCUGUUGGAGAGGCUCCAGCCCUAUGACCUCGCCAAGGGUGAGGUUGUAAUGAUUCUCAACCUCCGUCCCGCCUCCGUCGCUGCGUUGAAUACCGUCAUCGAAGAGAUGACGGAGCGCUUCGACGAAGCCCAGCAGGAAGAAAUCGUCAACAUUAUCGCUGAGGUUCUCGGAUCUUUCCCCCAGGAGGCCGAGGAGGAGGAGGGCGGCGAGCAAGCGAACGGCACGGCCUAG